AUGCGCUUCAGAAGAUUGCACAGCACCUGUUCGCGUUUACUACUGAAUGAAACGGCGAGUCAUCUCAAAGCAGAAUUGCCACGCACCAAAUUAGCUGGCGGUGAACCACCGGCGAAGUCAGCGAAAGUCAGUAGCUCAGAUAUAGUGCAAUGGAACAGGUCUAUCACCCAACACAUGCGACAAGGAGAAUGCGAUUCCGCAUUGAGCUUAUUCAAUUCUAUGCCAGCAAAGUCCAGUGUAUCCUGGAACGCAAUGCUUUCUGGGUAUUUGUUGAAUGGCAAAUUGGACCUCGCUCAGAAGCUGUUCGACGAAAUGCCUCAGAGAGAUUUGGUAUCCUGGAACAUUAUGCUUAGUGGGUAUAUCAAGAAUAAAAAUUUUGGGGCAGCUAGGAUUUUGUUUGAUCAAAUGCCUGUUAAAGAUGUAGUGUCGUGGAAUGCAUUGCUUUCCGGGUAUGCCCAGAAUGGGUACGUUGAUGAUGCUAGAAGGAUCUUUCUCAUGAUGCCCGUGAAGAAUGAGAUCUCUUGGAAUGGACUUCUCGCUACAUAUGUUCAGAAUGGGAGGAUUGAGGAGGCUAGGAAAUUGUUUGAGUCAAAGGAUAAUUGGCCGUUGGUUUCUUGGAAUUGCUUGUUGGGUGGGUAUUUGAGAAAGAAGAUGCUGGCUGAGGCAAAGGUGCUUUUCGAUAAAAUGCCUGUCAAGGAUCAGGUGUCAUGGAACACGAUAAUUUCUUGUUAUGCCCAGAGUGAUGAUUUGGAGGAAGCGAGGAGGUUAUUCGAUGAGUCCCCUAUUAAGGAUGUGUUUACCUGGACUUCAUUGCUUUCUGGUUAUGUACAGAAUAGGAUGGUAGAUGAGGCUAGGAGGAUCUUCGAUGAGAUGCCAGAGAAGAAUGAGGUUUCUUGGAAUGCAAUGAUUGCAGGAUAUGUGCAGUCUAAAAGGAUGGACUUGGCGAGGGAAUUCUUUGAGGCAAUGCCUUGUAAAAACAUCAGCUCUUGGAAUACAAUGAUAACAGGUUAUGCUCAAAUUGGGGAUAUAACUCAUGCCAGAAGUUUGUUUGAUUGUAUGCCUAACCGUGAUUGCAUCUCUUGGGCAGCAAUUAUUGCUGGGUAUGCUCAAAGUGGCAACAGUGAGGAGGCAUUACACAUGUUUGUUCAAAUGAAGAGAGAUGGUGGGAGGAUAAAUAGGUCGGCAUUUACUUGUGUUUUGAGUACAUCUGCUGACAUUGCUGCAUUCGAGUUUGGAAAGCAAAUACAUGGACGACUUGUCAAGGCUGGAUAUCACACUGGGUGUUAUGUCAGAAAUGCACUCCUAUCAAUGUACUGUAAGUGUGGAAGUAUUGACGAGGCAUAUGAUGUGUUCGAGGAGAUAGCGGAGAAGGAUGCUGUCUCUUGGAACACAAUGAUCAUCGGUUAUGCAAGGCAUGGAUUUGGCAAACAAGCUCUUAGACAAUUCGAAUCAAUGAAGGAAGUAGGUAUCAGACCGGAUGAUGUCACCAUGGUUGGUGUAUUAUCUGCUUGUGGCCAUACCGGCUUGAUUGACAAAGGCAUGGAACACUUUUACUCAAUGGCUCGAGAUUAUGGAAUAGUUACAAAUCCCAGGCAUUAUACUUGCAUGAUUGACCUUCUGGGUCGAGCUGGGCGACUGGAUGAUGCUCAAAAUCUAAUGAAGGAUAUGCCUUGUGAACCAGAUGCUGCAACCUGGGGUGCUCUCCUUGGGGCAAGUAGGAUUCACGGAAACACUGAAUUAGGAGAAAAGGCUGCUGAAAUGAUUUUCAGAUUAGAGCCUUGGAAUGCCGGGAUGUAUGUCCUUCUCUCAAAUUUAUAUGCAGCCUCUGGCAGAUGGCGUGACGUUAGCAAGAUGAGAUUAAAAAUGAGGGACACAGGAGUAAGGAAAAUGCCUGGUUACAGCUGGGUUGAGGUGCAAAAUCAGAUACAUCUUUUUUCAGUUGGGGAUACCAUGCAUCCAGAUAGCAAGAGAAUAUAUGCUUUCUUGGAAGAGUUAGAAUUAUUAAUGAAGCAGGAAGGUUAUGUCUCUGCCACGAAAUUGGUCCUGCAUGAUGUAGAUGAGGAGGAGAAGGCACACAUGCUCAAGUAUCACAGCGAAAAAUUAGCCGUUGCCUUUGCAAUUCUAAAUAUACCAUCUGGGAGACCAAUUCGUGUGAUGAAAAAUUUAAGGGUUUGUGGAGAUUGUCAUACUGCAAUCAAACUCAUAUCGAAGAUUGUGGGUAGAUUAAUUAUUGUUCGGGAUAGUAACCGUUUUCAUCACUUCAGUGAAGGUGUUUGUACCUGUGGAGACUAUUGGUAGUACUAGAGAGUAGAGUGUGAAAGUAUACCAAUUAGA